AUGCGGCCAUGUGUGCGGCUGCUGCAGUCUGCCAUCCUCCGAAAGCAGCGAGCGUUGCCAUGUCUAGUGCGCGGAAGCAGAGCCGCCUGGCGGGGAAGCGUCUAUGACGGGCGAGCACUGAGGAGCGUGCCAUGGCAGCGGUGGAUGCAGUCUGCAAAGGCAGACAUGCCCGAGGCGGCCGUGUCUGCGGACCUGUCUGCAGAGACUUUGACAGAGCCGACAGCAGAGACAACACCACGACGACAAACAGUGUCUCGGAUCCCGGCAGAGCUGGAGCAGCGGAUUUCGGCGAUUCCGAUGGAGCGGUUUCGCAACUUCUGCAUUGUGGCGCACAUUGAUCACGGCAAGAGCACGCUGAGCGACCGGCUGCUGGAAGUGACAGGGACGAUUUCAGCGGGAGGGGACAACAAACAGAUCUUGGACAAGCUGGACGUGGAGCGCGAGCGGGGGAUCACGGUGAAGGCACAGACAUGCAGCAUGGUGUACCGCUACAAGGGGCUGGACUACCUGCUGCACCUGGUAGACACACCAGGUCACGUGGACUUCCGGGCGGAGGUGACGCGGUCAUACGCGAGCUGCGGCGGAGCAGUGCUACUGGUGGACGCAUCACAGGGCGUGCAGGCGCAAACGGUAGCCAACUUUUACCACGCGUUUGCACAGGGGUUGGCGCUAGUGCCGGUGGUGAACAAGGUAGACCUUCCGACAGCAGACGUGGCGCGGGCGCUACAGCAGCUGCGGGACACGUUUGAGCUGGACGUGGACCCAGAGACAGGACGAGGAGCAGUGCUGGUAAGCGCCAAGACGGGGCGAAACGUGGAAGCAGUUCUGCGGGCAGUGGUGGAGCGGGUGCCACCGCCAGUGGGCGACGCAAAAGGGGUGCUGCGGAUGCUGCUGGUGGACUCGUGGUACGACAGCUUCCGGGGGGUGGUGCUGCUGGUGCGGGUCUUCGACGGGACAGUACGAAGCGGCGACGUGUUGGCAUCUCUGGCGACGGGACGGCGCUACACGGUGGGCGAGGUGGGCAUCCAAUUUCCCGAUGGAGUAGCACAGCCGGAGCUGCGAGCCGGGCAGGUAGGCUAUCUCUUUUUCAACCCAGGCAUGAAGCAGAUACAAGACGCCAAGAUCGGCGACACGUUCACGACGGCACGAGCAAGCGAUGAGGGCUUGGUGGCGCCGCUGCCGGGAUUCGAGGAGCCGAAGCCGAUGGUGUUUGUGGCAGCCUUUCCGACAGACCAAGGCGACCACGGGCGGCUGGCCGACAGCAUCAGCCAGCUGGUGCUCAACGACCGGAGCAUCACGCUGCAGAAGGACCACUCGGAGGCGCUGGGGGCAGGCUGGCGGCUGGGCUUUCUGGGGAGCUUGCACUGCUCGGUCUUCCAGGACCGGUUACGCCAGGAGCACGGGGCGAGCGUGAUCAUCACGGAGCCGGCAGUGCCGACGCGGGUGCGAUGGCGUGACGGGCGCGAGCAGGUGCUGACGAGCGCGGCUGAGUUCCCCGACGCAGACGAGCCGCGAGCCCGUGGCGCCACGUUUGAGGAGCCAUUUGUGACGGCGACGAUCACGGUACCGGAGGCGUAUCUCGGGCGGGUGAUCACGCUGUGCGAGGCCAGUCGGGGCGAGCAGCUGGGCCUGGAGUUUAUGGGCGGUCGCGGUGGCGCGACGGCAAACCAGCAGGUCAUCCUGCGAUAUGCACUGCCGGCGAUGGCGCUGGUGGACGAUCUCUUUGGGCGACUCAAGGGCGCAUCGCGCGGCUAUGCCACGCUCGACUACGAGGACGCGGGCUGGCGGUCGAGCGACCUGGCCAAGCUGCAGCUGCUGGUCAACAAGAAGGCCGUCGAUGCGGUCGCCCGGGUGCUGCACCGGUCACAGCUCGAGCGCGUUGGCCGGCGAUGGGUGACGCGCUUCAAGGAACACGUGGACCGGCAGAUGUUUGAGGUGGUCAUUCAGGCGGCCGUCGGCCACCGGAUCGUCGCGCGCGAGACCAUCAAACCCUUCCGCAAGGACGUGCUGGCGAAGCUGCACGCGGCUGACGUGUCGCGACGGCGCAAACUGCUGGAGAAGCAAAAGGUCGGCCGGAAACGGCUGACGGCCGUCGGCAACGUGACGAUUGAGCAGAGCGCAUUCCAGAAGUUCCUGAGCAAGUGA